CCCUCAUGCACUCCUUUCUCACUCUGAUACUUCAAACGUCACUGCUCAAUCACAUUGCCCUUCAUCCCCCCCAGCAUGGCGAGCCUCAAGCUGGUAUGCUUGGCCCUAGUGGUCGGCCUCGUGGCGGUCGCUCCCCUCGCCUCAUCGAGCGUCAACUGCCCCCAGGUGCAGAGCUACGUGGCCCCUUGCCUCGUGUACUUGAGGCUUGGCGGGACGAUCCCCCAGGGCUGCUGCAGUGGCAUCAGGUCGCUCAAUGGCGCCGCCAAGACCACUCCCGACCGCCAAGCUGCCUGCCGGUGCCUGCAGGCCGCUGCCGGCAACAUGCGGGGCCUUAAGCCCGGCCUCGUGUCUGCGCUCCCGGGCAAGUGCGGCAUCAACAUCCCUUACAAGAUCAGCCCCGCCACCGACUGCAGCAGGGUGAGAUGAACGAGACGAGCGUUUUCGUGGCUGAGGAUGGGGAAAAUAAAGAUGGGUUCCGAACCCGUCGCUGCCAGGAGCUCCGCCUUGCGCGAGACGCUCCGAUCUGAAUCGAUGCUGUGUUUCUUUUACCUUUUCAUUUAACUUGUCUUGGUUUACAUCCCUCGUCGACGUUUAGCGCCGCCGUGAAUAAGUCAGCCACUGCAAUGCAAUAAAUAAUAUGUAUGUUUUUCGUGCCCUGA